UGUACUUGUGGGGUAAUACAAUAGAAAAUAAAAGGAAAAAAACAGAAAACAUUACAUAAUGCAAAUUCCAUGUAAGAUUAAACGACUGAAAGAACCAGCAAAACUAAUCCUCUCCAACCCAAUUCAUUCCGUCUCUCAUCACUAUUCUCUGUACAUGAACAUUUUGCAAAACUGCAUCGAUUCAAGAGCCAUCACGCCGGGUCUUCUCGCUCACACCCAUGUCAUAACACAUGGGUCCGAUUCAAAUCUUCAUUUGAACACAAAACUUGUCAUAUUCUAUGCAAAAGUUGGUCGACCACUUUCCGCACGCAAAGUGUUCGACAAAAUGUCUGAAAGAAGUGUUGUGUCUUGGACUGCCAUGAUUUCCGGGUACACUCAAAAUGGUUGUUUCGGGAAUGCUCUGAUGUUGUUUGUGGAAAUGCGGAGAGCGGGUUUUAAGGCUAAUCAGUUUGGGUAUGGUAGCACUUUGAGGGCAUGUACGGGUCUGAGAUGCUUGGAGACUGGGAUGCAAGUACACGUGUGUGUUCUAAAGAGUAGGUUUGUGGAGGAUUUGCACGUGCAAAGUGCAUUGAUUGAUUUUCAUUCGAAGUGUGGAAGAAUGGGGGAUGCGUGUUUUGUGUUUGAGAAAAUGCUGAAGAGGGACUUGGUAUCGUGGAAUGCGAUAAUCGGUGGGUAUGCUGUUCAGGGUUAUUCUGAGGAUUCUUUCCUAAUGUUCUGUUCAAUGAUGAGAGCAGGAAUGAGUCCUGAUUGCUUCACCUUGGGAAGCCUUUUGAGAGCCUUAGCCGACGGGAACUGUCUUGUGAAGGUUAGUCAAGUGCAUGGACUUGUUAUCCAACUAGGUUUUGGAUCAUACAACACUCUGUGUGGAUCGCUAAUUAAUGCUUAUGCAAAAUGUGGAAGCAUGAAAAGUUCUCAUCAAUUGUACGAGAGUAUGUCUGACAAGGAUAUUAUCUCUUGCACUGCUCUGAUUGUUGGAUACGCACAGGAAGGUAACCGUUGUAUAGAUGCGGCGAAUAUCUUCAAAGAAUUGAUUUAUAUGGACGUGAUGAUUGAUAAUGUUGCUCUGUGCUCCAUGCUUAAUAUAUGUGCCAAAAUGCCCUCAUUGAGCUUAGGGAGACAAAUCCAUGCUCUUACUUUCAAACAUCAACCUCGUUAUGAUGUGGCCACGGGCAAUGCUAUUAUUGACAUGUAUGCAAAAACAGGAGAAAUCAAGGAAGCUACUCGUGCUUUUGAUGAGAUGGAAGAGAGAAACAUCAUUUCCUGGACAUCGUUGAUUAUUGGAUAUGGAAAGCAUGGCUUUGGACAUAAGGCAAUUGAACUAUAUAAGGAGAUGGAAUGUGAGGGUUUAAAGCCAAACGAUGUUACAUUCUUGUCCCUUCUGUUUGCUUGCAGUCAUAACGGAUUGACUCAUGAAGGAUGGGAAUGCUUCAAUAAUAUGGUCAGCAAGUACAACAUUUUACCCCAAGCAGAACAUAUAUCUUGUUUGGUAGAUAUUUUUGCACGUGGAGGCUUGUUGGAAGACGCGUAUAAUCUGAUAUGCAAGCUGAAUAUUAAGCCCAAUGCAUCAGUUUGGGGUUCCAUUCUUGGGGCCUGUAGCGUCUAUGGCAAUAUGUCUCUUGGAGAAGUAGCAGCUAAGCAUUUAUUUCAGAUGGAUCCAAAUAAUUCUGUGAACUAUGUUGCUCUAGCAAGCUUAUAUUCUGCGGCCGGUGGGUGGGAUAAUGCUGGGAAGAUAAGGAGUUUAAUAGAAAUGAAAAACUUAAAGAAGGAGCGAGGAUGCAGCCUUUUACAGCCUACGUUGAACAAAACUGUGCUUUUGCAACCAAGCUAAAAUUUCACAGUUAUCUACAUACGCAGCUAAAAUUUCACAGUUAUCUACAUACGCUGUUGGUGGAAA